AUCAUUUCCUAGUAUAUAGCAAUAACAAAUUGUUACUAUAUCUCUUUAUCAGUACCAUACACCAAUAGUAUUGCCUUGGCCCCGACCUUUUACUUUUUUAACCCUGUUACUGCUUAAAAAGCGUUAUCGAGUAUAAUUAAGAAUCGAGUGCUAAAAAAAGUGGUUUAGGAUGGUGCUUACUGAAAUAUCCUCAGUCAAAUCCUUUGGUGGGUGGCAAAAGGUCUUUAGCCAUGAAUCUCGAGAAGUUGGCUGCACUAUGAAAUUCGGCGUAUAUUUGCCCCCUCAGGCCGAGGACAAGAAACUUCCCGUGAUAUAUUGGCUCUCCGGUCUUACUUGCUCGGAAGCAAAUUUUAUUGAAAAGGCUAGUGCUCAAAGGUAUGCAGCUCAGCACGGAGUAAUUCUUGUCAAUCCGGACACCUCUCCCAGGGGAUUAGAAAUCCCAGGAGACUCGGAAUCUUGGGACUUUGGUGUCGGAGCUGGAUUUUACUUGAAUGCAACCCAAGAGCCUUGGAAGAAGAAUUAUAAGAUGCAUGAUUACAUCACUAAAGAAUUAAUUGACUUAGUUAAUUCUAACUUCAAUGUAGUUGUGGGACAACAAUCAAUUAUGGGACAUAGUAUGGGAGGUCAUGGUGCCUACGUAAUAGCCCUAAAGAAUCCAGGCUUAUUUAAAUCAGUGUCAGCUUUUGCUCCAAUCUGUAACCCAACAGUUUGUCCUUGGGGAAUAAAAGCGUUUACCGGUUACCUUGGUCCUAAGGACACUGGAAAAUGGGAAGAGUGGGAUGCUACUGAACUGGUCAAAAAAUAUAACGGACCUAUACUAGAGCUAUUUAUUGAUCAAGGCACAGCAGAUCAGUUUUUGUCCCAAUUGAACCCGAAUAAUUUAAUGGAGGCGUGCAAGGAUGCCGGGGUGCCAGCCAUUUUGAAACAGAGGGAUGGAUAUAACCACAGUUACUUUUAUAUUGCCAGUUUCAUUGGUGAACAUAUCGAAUAUCAUAGUAAGCAUUUGAAUUGAUGAUUGUUUUUUUUUUGGAUGGGAAGAUUUUAAUUGUUGAAUUGUAUGAAUAAAAAUAAAUUUUAUAUUUAUCAAAAACCCUA